ACAGCAGCUGCAGCAAAAUUGAAGAAAAGAAAAUGCAACAGAUUUCUCUCUCCUACCUUACUCUCUCUCUCUUAGUCCUUAUUCUCUCUCUUCUUCUCCAUCACUUGUUUCGUUUCAGUAACAAAAGCAUCACUCCAUGUCCGCAAUCAUAUCCUCUCAUCGGAAACCUAAUCGGUUUCAUCCGUAACCGCCACCGCUUCCACGAUUGGGUAACCGAAUUACUCGCCUCCUCUUCCCCUGAUUCCCUCCUCACAAUCCAAGUCAACGGCGUCCUCGGCCUCUCCCACGGCAUCUGCACCGCCGACCCGGCCAAUCUCGACCAUCUCCUGCGAUUAAACUUUCAAAACUACGUGAAAGGAUUCAGAUUCCGUUCCGUCCUCGACGAACUCCUCGGCGACGGCAUCUUCAAUGUUGACGGUGACCUCUGGUCCUCCCAACGCAAGAUUGCAAGCCACGAAUUCAACACGAAAUCACUUAAAUACUUCGUCGCCAACUCCGUCACCUCACAGAUCUCCUCCCGUUUAAUUCCUCGACUCACCGCCGCUAGCUCCGAUGGCGAAGCAGUUGAUCUCCAGGAAUUGUUCCGUCGAUUUGGUUUCGAUAAUAUAUGCCAAGUUGCAUUUGGUAUUGAUCCGAAAUCGUCUGAUCCGACUAGCAACCAGAAAGUUUCGAUACAUUCGUCAUUCAUUAAAGCUUUUGAUUCGGCCAUAGAGAUUAGCUCAAAUAGAUUCAUGUCGCCGGUGCCGGCGAUCUGGAAGAUCAAGAGAUUACUCAACAUCGGAAGCGAACGAACUUACAAGGACUGCAUAUCAAUUAUUAACAGUUACUGUAUGAGUUUGAUAGAAUCCAGAGAGAAAGACAUGGAAAUACGAAUUCGCGAAGAUCUUCUCUCGAGAUUCAUGAUGUUAUCAGAUCUCGGCUUCCGGGAUCGGGAAGAGAAGAGGAAGUUCAUGAGAGACAUUACGGUCAGUUUCAUCCUUGCAGGUAAGGACUCCACCUCAACCGCUUUGACAUGGUUCUUCUGGCUGAUUGCCGGUCAUCCACGAUGCGAGAAAUCGAUCCACGACGAGCUCAUAUCGACGAAGACGAUGACAAUCUCCUCAAAAUUCGACUACGACGAUCUGAAGAAGCUCCACUAUCUUCACGCGGCGAUAUCGGAAUCGUUGCGUCUGUUCCCGCCCAUUCCCAUAAAUUCUAAACUAGCGGUUUCCGAUGACAUCUUGCCAGAUGGAACACGCGUGGGAAAAGGAUGGUUCGCAGACUACUCCGCCUACGCUAUGGGGAGGAUGGAGAGUCUAUGGGGCAGUGAUUGCAGAGAGUUCAAGCCGGAGAGAUGGCUGGACGUUGACGGCCAUUUCAAGGCGUGUGAUCAAUUUAAGUUUCCUGUUUUUCAUUGCGGACCAAGAAUGUGCUUGGGGAAGGAAAUGGCUUAUGUGCAGAUGAAAUCCAUUGUUGCAGCGGUCAUGCAAGACUUUGAAGUGGAAGCCAUGGACGGAGGUGGAUGUGCAGAAAAGAUGAGGGAACCACCGUAUACCUUGUCUCUACUGUUGAAGAUGAAAGACGGUUUUCCAGUUCGUUUAAAGAGAAGGAAAUGACCUAUCGACAAUUUGGUGUCAUAAACGAAUCCUUUAAAGAGAAGGAAAUGACCUAGCGGGAAUUUGGUAUCGACAAGCAAUGAUAAAGAUAAAGAAAAAGAACGAGAAUUUGAUGUUUAUUAUCAAUGAUAAAGAGCGAAAAUUUGACCAGCCAUGAUAAGGAAAGGAAUUUGGUGCGAUGAAUAAGCAGAAAUUUGGUGUUAACCAGCCAUGAUAAGGAAAUGAAUUUAGUGUGAUGAAUGAAUACUUUAAACAGAAGAAAAUGAUCAGCAAAGAUAAAGAACAAGAAUAACGAGAAUUUGGUGUGAUAA